AUGCCCGAGCUUGUCAAACGCCCGAUGGUCCCAGAGCAAGCAUCCUGCAAAGCAGAGCCAGCAGCUCCCGAUUGCGAUGGCGAUGCUUGGCGUGUGCCAAUUACUGUGCCUUACGAGAGUACGACAAGUUCAGAAAUUCAAACUGCAUCGACACCGCAACAUGGCUCAGAUUCCAAGCAAUCACGAUUCGGCUUCUUCCAGAACAGUUUAGUAUUUCACGCCCGGCCAAAGAAUGGCUCCAUCUUGUCUGCCACCGCAGCCUAUGCUCGGGAUGCAGCACAGAGGAGUAGUGAGGAAACUUUGGUCAGCUUGAUUUCUGAUUCCUCGAGGAGUUCAGAACAACAGGCUGCGCGGGCAACGUCACUGGAGUACAGGAAGAGCUGCACGACUCGUCGCAGACGUCAGUUGUCCCCGUCAUCAGUCUAUUCGCGAUCAACCAGCGCAGCCUUUGAGAAUACGUUCGGAGGCCGUGUGGGAGGGGUAACUCAGGGGUACAGUAGACAUGACAAUCAGUCCUACGCCAACCAAUACAUACAGCUGGUUGGAUUAGAAACUGAGCGUUAUGGCAGUGAGAAUCCAGUCCGACCAAAAGACGAUGGAGUGGCUGCGUUGCUCCCAAGCACCCCUGCGCCCGCCAGAGCCAUGCCUGCAACUGAACCUCGAAGCCGGGGUGAAAGGCAAGCACGUCGGAGUACGAAGUACAAAGCUGAAAGUGGCGGCGAUCUUGAUCAUAACACGGGCUCGAGCGAUGUCGCACUGCCGUCCUCGAUGUCAACAACGGAUGAGGAUGAGAUCGCGUGGCUCGAAUUCCGACUGGAUCGAUUACGGGAGGAGAACUUUCAGGCAUUCGCUAGCGGAUCUUCGAUGGCGGUUAAAGAAAUGGCCCAGCGACUGCAGUCGCUGACGGAGGCGGCUGAGCGUUUGAGAGACCUGAAACUCGUGACAGGAUUGGCAGUGCGUGAACUGGAGGACAGGCACUCGCAUGCAGAGGACUUGAGCGGGAUGUCGCAUUUGCCUACUGUGUCGAGACUCCGUCGCGGAGGUGAUCGUUCCGGCAAGAGUGCCAUAUCUGGCGAUGCAGGCAAUGAUGUCGAAAAGGGCACAGAUUUCAGUGUGACCGAGACACAGGCGGAGGAAUCCGCAACUGAACGACAACCUAGAACGAGCAAGAUCCCGGCUCCGACACAGAUCACGAAGAAAAGAUGCACCUUUGUGCCGACAAGAACAGCUGGAACUACGAGCAGCGACGUUGUGCCCCUAAUACCAAAGCGCAAUCCAAGACGACUGCUGAGGAGCAAUGAUGUGGUAGAGCUGGAGCGUUAGUCGUCAGAUACCGCUACGUUUAACGAAGCGCCAC